AUGGCGUCAAAUUGGGAAUCCCCUUCUCAGAUUUUACCUCAUCUAUUUCUUGGCUCUUAUUCAUGCACUCACAACAAAGAGGAACUUCUAAAAAUUGGCAUCAAGUACAUUCUAAACCUUACUGAUUCUCCAAAUUUGCAUCCGAAUUCUUUCAUUUACCUCCAAUGUCCUGUCAAAGAUUCUUCUUCUCAAGAUAUCUUACCUUUGUUCGAACAAGUGUUCAACUUUAUUGAUCAAGCUUCACCCAAUGCAGCAUGUCUUAUUCAUUGCCAUGUGGGAGUCAGUCGAUCUCCUUCUUUUGUUCUAGCAUAUUUGAUGCACAAGAAAGAAAGAAAUCUUCGAGAAUCUUAUGAAUUAUUGGUUAGCGCUCGAAAAAACGUAUCUCCUAACCCUGGUUUCUUGCAACAAUUGAUGGCUUUUGAAGAUUCUCUCUUUGGCAGUAUAUCAAUCAAUUUCUAUGCAGAUAACCCUUCAGAUUGAAAUUUACGUGGAUGGUCUGCGAGUUAAAACAUGUUCUAAUCCAAUAAUGCUCAAAUUAGAAAUUCAAACAUGUAACUUCAUGUGGAAAUUACGAAUAAAAUCGAAUGUGUGAGGGUGGUUAUCUUGAGGGUGAGAUUGCAUAUAGAUUAACACUCAAAAGCUAGCAAAACGCUUUGCAAUUAGGGUGUGGAGUGAGGUGGGGGGUGUGCGUGUGGAUAUUAAUCCAAUACACAGACAGACACACCCACACCCUACGAUAUUGAAUUUUUGUAUCAGUAAUUUCUCAUACAGUGAAUAGAGAUUGAAGUCGUUUAAUGGUGAUCUUGUUUUUCGAAAGUGUUGGUGUCUGUAUAGAUGAAAUAGAUGGAAGAAGAAAAAAAUCGAGAAUUUGAAAGCCCUUGAAGAAACAAGACGACCCAUACACCACAUUUCGUGCAUGAGAACACUGUCAUGAGCAAUUCCUCGUGCCUAGUCAAUUCUUAUCUACAGUAUCGAUACUUCUACACCAUUCAUAUCUACAGUAUCGAUACUUCUACACCAUUCAUCCAUUUUUGUUGAUCUAUCAGAUUGAAGAAUUUUUAUU